AUGGCGGGUUUCUCUGCGUUAUGGCGGACGAAGCCCUUGUCGGUGAUCCAAGCCGAGGAGAACUCGCAAGACAUCCCACACACAUUAAAUCUCUUCGACCUGUGCUGUAUAGGCGUAGGAGGCACCAUUGGCAGCGGUAUUUUCUCCACGGCCGGAUUAAUUAUCAGUGAGACAGCUGGCCCUGCUGCCGUAGUAAGCUGGCUUCUCGGCGGAAUUAUUUGCAGCCUCAACGCCUUUGCGUACAUGGAAUUAUCGACGCGCGUGCCGUCCUCGGGAAGUACGUACGCUUACGCCUAUUACACGAUCGGUGAGCUGCCUGCUUUCAUUGCUGCAUGGCUGCUAACUCUCGAGUAUGCUGUGUCUGGUGCGGGCGCGGCACGUAGCUGGGGAGACAAGGUGGAGGAGUGGCUGAUGCUUGAGUAUCCUGACAAGAGCUUCCAGUGGCUCAACUUGCAGUCUACUAAUCUCAGCGGUGGACUCAUCCAAUUCUUGAGCAUGGUGGUGCUACUGAUGGGCGUGCAAUUUGGCAAGGUCUUUGUGAACACGGUGACGAUCUUCAAAAUGAGUGUCGUGGCCUUUAUUAUCAUCGUUGGAUUUGCUGCCAUGGAUCCGGACAACAUGUCACCCUUCAUCCCCACAAGGAUCGAUCUUAAUGGCACAAUGGCCUUCGGGACACAAGGCAUUAUCACUGGCGCUUCGCAAGCAUUCUUCGGAUACGUUGGUUUCGAUGAGGUUUGUUGCCUCGCCGGCGAGGCUCAGAACCCCAAAAAGAUCAUACCAAUCGCUAUUAUGGCUGUCGUGGUCGCUACAAUGGUGCUGAGUGCACUCUGCUCUCUUGUUUUGGCCGGUAUGGUCACUUACCCCGAUGCAGUUAGCUUUGGUGAUGGAUUUGAAAGUCACGGAUGGAAAUGGGCCGGUACAUUCGUGCGUGCUGGUGAGGUGAUUACCAUGCCUGUCGUGUCACUCAUUGGCUUCAUGGCUCAGCCUCGCUUGAAUUACGCGCUCGCUUGCGACGGACUUUUGCCGCGUAUUUUCGCUGAAGUAAAUUCCAAAGGCAACUUGUUCAAGAAUACGCUUGUCACGGGUCUAUUCUGUACGGUACUUGCCAUCGUGGUGCCCUUUUCCACUCUAUGGGACAUUGUCAACUUUGGUGUCAUGAUGUCCUUCAUCGUUGCCAAUGUGUCGCUAACGUUAGCGCGUAUGAAGCCCCAAUCACCAAAACUGGCCCCAAUUCUCGUCGCCGCACUGGUUGUUACGUCUGGAUGUUCAGCCUUCCUGUUUCAAAAGGGGUACGAGAAUAAUUUGUCCACGAUAUGUCUGAUUCUUGCCAUCGUCUCUUUUGUAGCCACCAUGGGAAUCUCAGUGGUGCUCUUUGUCAAGUGCCCACAGACGGUUAAUAUGCCCGGUCUGUUCUCUGCUCCGCUCGUGCCGUUCAUCCCAAUGAUCUGUAUCCUCGCCAAUUGGUACAUGAUUGCACAAAUCAGUCCCCUGGCGCUAGGUCUUAGUGUCGCUUGGAUGGCUGCCGGUGUGCUCUUGUACUUUGUCUAUGGGUAUUCUCACGCCGAGUCACGCAGUAACUGGAGCCGAUUAAUGGGCCGAAACCUCAUCCACAAUGGCGAUCUCUCAGCUCCUAUUCUCUCGGCCAAGACCACGAUACAAGACCUACAUUCACCCGCUGUUUAG